AUGAAGUGCUUCAUCAUCACAGGCGCCAUAUUGUUGGCGCCCUUGGCGAUGGCCAAGCCGGUCAACUAUCAAUUAGCCCCGCCCAGUCUCAUCGAGCUUUCGGCGGCGGCCGCCGGCAAGAACAUCACGUCGGAUGGGCUGAACUUCGAAAAACACGUUCAAGGACCUCAGCAGGACAUGCACCAGUGCGUCAUAGACUGCUGGGUCAACAAGAUGGGGGAUGCGAACAAGAUAGGGGAUGCCGACACAAUGAAAUGCACCUGGGAUUGCAUGCACCGCCCCAAGGUUACCGUCAAUGUUGUCUGCGCAAGCGGUGCUCUGGCUGAGAAGCACGAGGAUGGCAAGUGCUACUGCCGGUUUGGCAGGACAAGGUACCAGCCGUCCGGUCUCCACGAACACAUCGCCGUCCGCGAGCACUUCGCCGUCCACGAGCACUUCGCCGUCCACGAGCACUUCGCCGUCCACGAGCACUUCGCCGUCCACGAGCACUUCGCCGUCCACGAGCACUCCGCCUUCCAAGAGUCCUCUUGUUCCCACCGGGUCGAGGAGGUGCUCGAGCACUAUCAGCUCGACUGCUGCUCCCACUCCGGCUACUACUAG